CUAAAAAAUUUACUGUUUUCGAGCUGUUAGGAGCUCAAAACCUCUUAGUGUUUGCUGAAGUUGUUAAAAACUAAAAGUUUCCCUUUUAAAACCAAAACCAAAGGACAGAAGAGCAAAAACCAUUCGUAAGGUUGCGAAAAAGACAUUUUAAAGAAAAGAAAAUUUAAAAUUUUCAAUAAAAAAAGCUUUAUACACAAUUAGCUGUUGCUGCUAGUUAACUAUUAACUUUAAAAUUUGUUGGUUAAAGUAAAACUUAACUAAAGUUUUAAUAAAUUUUUUCCCCCUUUUUUGGAACGAAUUUUUCUUUUUUCUUUUGCGGAUUACGCGUCGCACACGGAUAAAACAAAAAAGCUACUUCAUAGAAUGGUAGAAGGUGACUCUCAAAAUAAAGCAAGUAAUAAUUAUAAUGUAGAGACUGGACUACAACCAAACGAUAAUAAUACAACUACAACAACUGUAGAUAAUCGCUCUAUUUUACAACCUUACGGCUUGGUUACUGACUCUAAAGAUCCCGGCUAUCACAUCAACGAGGCCUAUGAGAAUGAUAAAAAUGACGUAGAAAAAGGCGGUAAUGCUGGCCGUUCUGGCGGCGGCCUUAAGGCCGGCUUUGAACAGGCCAUAGAAAUGUGCGGCUAUGGCAAAUUCCAUUAUAUACUAUUGGCCAUUUGUGGUCUGGUUAGUACGAGUGAAGAAAUGGAUGUCAUUUCGAUGUCAUUCAUUUUGCCCUCGGCCCAAUGUGAUUUGAAUUUGAAUACGGAAACUAAAGGUUGGCUUAACUCCAUCAUCUUCAUUGGCAUGAUGGUGGGUGCUUAUUUUUGGGGUAGUAUUGCUGAUUCGAUGGGCCGUAAGAAAGUACUGAUUGUUAUAUCGUUUAUGAAUGGUUUUUGCAUUGUCGCCUCGUCAUUUUCGCAAACUUACGAAUGGUUUAUGCUGUUUCGAUUUUUGAAUGGUGCUGCCCUUGGUGGUAGCGGUCCUGUCAUCUGGUCCUAUUUCGCCGAAUUUCAACCUAAAUCGAAACGCGGUUCCAUGUUAUCCUUCAUGGCCGCCUUCUGGACAUUUGGUAAUCUAUUUGUGGCCGGCUUAGCCUGGCUCAUCAUACCAACUGGCAUUGGUUUUGUCACUCCUCUCUUCACCUACAACUCAUGGCGUAUCUUUUUGAUGACCUGCUCCAUACCCUCCUUCAUUGUGGCCUUUUUACUCUUCUAUUUGCCCGAAUCACCUAAGUUCCUGUUGUCCAAGGGUAAACAGGAUAAGGCUAUGGCUAUAUUCCGUGGUAUUUUUGUGACCAACACUAAGAAACCAGCUGAAUUGUAUCCGGUAACCGAAUUGGAUAUUGAUGAGAAACUAUUGGCUGAGAUCAAGGAAAAUCGUGAAAGUAUUAAGGGCAAAUAUGCUAAAAUGUUAUCGGGCAUGGUGGAUCAUAGUAAACAAUUGUUUACUUCACCUAUUUUGAAGUUUACCUUGGUCUCCAUUACUAUUAACUUCACUUUCCAUAUUGGUUAUUAUGGUUUGAUGAUGUGGUUCCCGGAAUUGUUUAAUCGUUUCGAGGAGUAUAGCACCAAUUUCCCCAACAAUCAAACGGCUGGUGUGUGUACUGUGACCAAAUAUGUGGUGGAUAAAAUUGCCCAUGAGGAUGCUGUCUGCUCUUCCCAUAUUCCCUCCGCCGUUUUCAUGGAAUCCUUGAUCUCUUUGGCUUCUGCUUUGCCCGCCAAUUUGAUUGCCAUUUUGGGCAUGGAUUUAUUGGGUCGUAAAUUCUUUUUGAUCUUUGGUACCAUGACCGCUGGUGUCUGUUCCGCUGCCAUGUACUUUGUCUACAAUUCCACCCAGAAUUUAAUAGUAUCGGCUGUGUUUAGUGGUGCCAUUUCUGCCGCCAAUGCUGCCCUAGAUUGUUUGAUUACUGAGGUCUUCCCCACUCAUCUGCGUGCCACUGGUGUGGCUAUUUCUAUGGUAGCUGCUCGUAUGGGUGGUAUUAUUGGUAAUAUUGUAAUAGCUACUUUAUUGGAUCAAUAUUGUCCGGCUCCUACGUUUAUUGUGGCUGUGCUGCUUAUGGGUGGUGGUCUGAUGUGUCUAUUGCUGCCCAAUACCACCAAAAAAGAAUUGAAUUAAUCGAGAGCAGCUGGGGUUGCUAUUACGAGAGUUUAAGUCAUAAAUAUACUCAAACAAAAAAAUUACACUUACACACACAGUUUCCUUUUCCCCUUAAUCCUUUCCCUCAACAAAUAACACUUAUCCCUACACUUACACACACACACACUUCCACUCUUCUCCUUAAGUAAUUUUAACAAAAUUUUCUGUUUUACUUUUUUUGUUUUGAAAUAAUUAUGAUUGAUUGAUUGAUGAUGAUGAUGUUUAGUUGGUUAGUUGAGCCUUUCCUUUUCUAGUUUUCUUUUCCUUUUUGUAAUUUCUUUAAUUAAAUAACUACCACUAUAUUCUUAUAGUGUGUUUUGCUAAUGCCGGCUCCAAAUUCUUACACCAUUUGGUAUUUUUUUUUAAUAAAAAUGUAUUUUUAUUUUUUUGUUCUUUUAAUUUUAGGUAAAUGUUGUAAAUUUCUAUUUAUAUAGAAAUAUUAUGUAAAAUAUUGUAUUAAUUAUAAACCACAAACUAAUGUAUUGUUAAUAA